CUUGACCGGAAGCUCAGCGCUCGUUUCCGCCACAACAACAGUGUGUCUUCGAGGGGACUUUGUGACGUGAUUUUCUCUUUAAAGACUUAGUAUGGCUGAAGUGGAGGAGACUUUGGAGAGACUUCAGAGUCAGAAGGGCGUUCAGGGUGUCAUCAUCGUCAACUCUGAAGGUGUGCCCAUCAAGUCCACCAUGGACAACGCCACCACAGUCAAGUACUCAGGCCUGAUCCACCAGCUGGUCCUGAAGGCGCGCAGCACUGUCCGAGAGCUGGAUUCCCAGAACGACCUGACCUUCUUAAGGGUCCGCUCCAAGAAGAACGAGAUCAUGAUCGCACCAGACAAAGACUAUUUCAUGAUCGUCAUCCAGAAUCCUUUCGACUGAAGCUGCUCCUGCGUGAAUCCAGAAGGUUCCGCUCAUCCUCCUCCUCCUCCUCCUCUUCUUCAUUCCUCCUGGUUUGUUAUUUAUUGUUGACCGCAAGCUUCAUGUUUGUGUGACAUUAAAGUGCUUUUGCGAUCCAACUAGAUGCACUUUGUGACCUUU